AUGUUGGAGGGGCGGCUACAGGGUAGGCAGGUUUGGCCCGGUCGUUUCGAGGGCUACGAGCCAGCUGGGACGGCAGCUCGAGCCGCCACGGGGUGCCCAGCGUCCGGCGAGUUCAUCUGGCCAGUCGCAGAGGCUGUCUGGGAGACGGUUCAGGAGAUAUUCACUCGUGAGUCGAUUUUUUAA